CUCGACUUUGUGCCCGGCCUGGGAUCGGCCCCGCUGUCCGCAACCGACAUGCCAGGCCCGCCGCCAUCCACAGCCCAUUACAACACUGGAUUCCCCGAGCACCUGCCACUAUAUGAUCCGCCCCCAGGCCGCCCCUCAGCGCGGCGACAUUUCUCUCGUCUCCAUCGCAACUCGCAUCCACUUUCCCGCUCCCGUCUGUCAAGCGCGCCGUCCGUUCUGCUUCUCGCGACUUUCACAAACUCCAUUCACAUCCACCACCACCACCGACAACAACCACCGCCGAAAUGAGCGUCGUUCCGGAAGGAUCCAUCAACCCCAUGGAGACCCAAGGCUAUUCGGCUGGGAUCUUUGAGUGCUUCAAGGAUAUCCCCACUUGCCUCUGCGUCUGCUGCUUGAGCCCCAGCCUUGUGAUCGGUCUGACCCAGGGCGCCAUCAAGGGCAACGGCUUUGACUUUCUGAGUUGCUGCUGUGGAGGCAUUGCUGCCUACCGUCUGCGUCGCUAUGUCCAGAACAAGUUUGGCAUCCAAGAGUCGGAAGACGCCUCCAUGAUCGCCAUCGGCUGCUGCGGCUCCUGCGCCGUCUGCCAGGAUGUCUCGGAGUUGUCAAAGCGCGGCGAACUGUCACUAGGCGGCCAGCCCAAGGGUCGGGAGCCCAUGACGGUCAAGUCUUAGACUCCUCCCUCGUCGCGCAUGAAGCCGCCGGUCGAGCGUGCCGAGCGACCUUGCUUUGUCUGGGGGCCUCUGGCAUGGAAGCAAUCGUUGCGAUGUUCUCAGCGAAAUAGAUCCUCUCCUCUCACUUUUUUGCUGGCCUAACUCGUCCCUCGCGAUUACUCACUUUAUCUGUGAUUACUUCUUCCUUUCGCCUGCUCUCUCCUCCCAUCCUGCU